AUGGCCCAGAGGGCAGGCCUGGGGCCUAGGUGGCUGGAGGCUCUGGCCACUCUGCUUUUGCUUGGAUUAUUCCGGAAUGAGAUGGGAGCCGUUGGGGCUGAAGCCUCCUGCGGCGUGGUCCCCCAAGCACGUAUCACAGGUGGUAGCGAUUCAGCCCACGGCCAGUGGCCCUGGCAGGUCAGCAUCAGCUACAACGGUGCCCACGUGUGUGGCGGCUCUCUCCUGUCUGAGCAGUGGGUGCUGUCGGCUGCUCACUGCUUCCCAAGGGAGCACCACACAGAGGACUACGAGGUAAAGCUGGGGGCCCACAAGCUGAACUACUACAGCUCUGACACCAAGGUCCGCACGGUGGCGCAGGUCAUUUCCCACCCCAGCUACCUCCAGGAGGGCUCCAUGGGUGACAUCGCACUCCUCCAGCUCAGCCGCUCUGUCACCUUCUCUCGCUACAUCCAGCCCAUCUGCCUCCCCGCCGCCAACGCCUCCUUCCCCAAUGGUCUCCAGUGCACUGUCACGGGAUGGGGCCACGUGGCCCCCUCAGUGAGCCUACAGGCCCCCAAGACAAUGCAGCAACUUGAGGUGCCACUGAUCAGUCGUGAGACCUGUAACUGCCUGUACAAUAUCAACGCCAAGCCCGAGGAGCCCCACUUUAUCCAGCAGGACAUGGUGUGCGCUGGCUAUGUGAACGGGGGCAAGGACGCCUGCCAGGGUGACUCUGGGGGCCCACUCUCCUGCCCAGUGGGGGGCCGCUGGUACCUGGCAGGCAUCGUAAGCUGGGGUGAUGCCUGUGGGGCCCCCAACAGGCCCGGUGUGUAUACUCUGACCUCCAGCUAUGCCUCCUGGAUUCACCACAAAGUGGCAGAGCUCCAGCCUCAGGUGGUGCCCCAAAUCCAGGAGUCCCAGCCUGAUGGCAACCUCUGCAGCAACUACGGGGCCUUCAACUCUGCCCCAGCCCCAGGCUUGGUGAGACCCCUCCUUCUGCUGCCACUAGGCCUGACCCUGGGCCUCCUCCGCCCACAGCACAACCACUGA